GACACUUCGAAUUCAUGCGUCAUUCAAACUGUCACUCACAGUAAACAUGGCUGCGGGGCCGCUCAUGUUUAUUUUCCUGUGUUUACAAAUUUACGUAAACGGUGAAGUGUACCCCGAAACCGUCUCAAAUUCGUUCGAAUCUCACGCUUCCGAAAUCUCCGCCGUGAUCAACCACCUCAACUCGUCCUCUUUCAAAGUCUACAACUACAAAGAAGCCACCCUCUUACAUGCGCACACAAAGGCUGAUAUCACCGAAUUAGCUUUAGACGUAAACGUGGAAUGCGUAAAUAAGUAUCCGGACAUCCCUUGCACGGAGAAGCUCCUCACGUGCCAUGCCUUCGUGCGGAACGCACCUGAAGGCAGCCAGGUGCUCAACGAAGUCAACUGCAAGCCCAAGCCGGAAAUUACCGUCGACGAGGCGUCGUACGAACCGCCGACGGGGCCGACAGAGGUGGAGGUCAACGAGGCCAAAUCUGUCGCGCUGAGCGGCGAGGCGGUGUCGUCGGAAGUGAGCGAGCCGUUCGUGGCCGUGCGGAAGGACCUGGCGCCCUGUCUGGGGUGCCCGUUUGACGUCAAUCCGGACGCGGAGGGCGUGGACGAGUUGGUCGACUUGGCGCUGGAACAUGUGGGGACCGAGCGCCCGAAUAAACAAGCCCUAGUCAGAGUACUUAAAGUGCAGCAACAAGUUGUCUCAGGUGUUAAAUAUAUCCUAGUCGCGGAAUUACGCCCCACCGUGUGCUCCAAAGACUCGAACCUCAACUUAAACGCAUGCCCAUUAGACCCCAACUCGGAAACGGCCAUUUGCGAAAUCGUGUAUGUGCAAAAACCGUGGAUAAGCAAAGCCAAACAUAUAAUCAGUAACAAUUGUACCUCUUCGCAAGAGUACGUCAGAGACGACGAUAAAAAGUCAGAAAUGAGCAACGAAGUUGACGUUAAAGGAACACCGUCUAGACUACCCGUCAGUACUCCUAAUUUCGAUCGUAUCGCGGAAAGUGGCAACCUCGAAUUGCCAUCUCCUCGAUUAAGCGACUUGGAGUCGCAAAUUCUCCUAGACUUAGAACAACCAACCCCAACAAAGAAAACCGCACCAAAAGCGGUGGCGCCGUCUCUGGCACCCGAAAUCGAAGAAAGAUUUGAGAUCGAUCCUACUCCGGCUUUAGCUUUUCAAACUCCCGACGAAGUCGUAGUUGUCGAAGAUGACCCCACAACACCCGAAAUUGUGACUGAAAAAGUCGAAGUCAAACCGAAAGAACCAGACAGCUCUGAAGAGAGUAAAAGCUCGUCCGAGGAAGACACUCGGCCUAAACGUUCGGAAGAAAAGACGGACUUUGAUUCGAGCGAGUCUAAGGUGAAACAAGCUAACAGUUCUGAAGAAAGCGCAGAAACAGAAACAACCCCAAAUCCCGUGGUUUCUGAAGUUAAACAAGCAGACAGUUCUGAAGAAAGCGAAGCGAAAGCUAGACGCCGAAGGGCGAUUCCUCAGUUGGAAAAAAUUUCGCCGGACGAAAAACCCUUGGUGAAGAAUUUAGCCGAUUUUGCGGCCGCCGCUCUCGACAAUAUCGACGACGAUAACCACAAACGCAUCAUCCUGCAGAUUUUAGGGGCGAAGAAAAUGGUGGGGGAUGAUGGGGUUUAUUACCAUUUGAUCAUGCGCAUGGGAGUUUCACGUUGUCUGGAAGAUAAACCUCCGAAUCUUUUCGAAAACUGCCGCGAGAAAUUGUUUGAGAAUUACACGAAGAUUUGCAAAGUACAAGUCUACGUGAACGACGAUUUUACCACCCCGAAAGUAGUCAAGUCGCAGUGUCAGAAUAUCAAGCGUGAUAAGAACGACAGUAAUCGAACAAACUACAGCAGAUUUAGACGCGGCUUCGAUCCUAAGCGAUAUGAAGUCACAAACGCUAGACUGAAGCGACAAAUACCAGGUGGACACAAUCCGAUUAGUAAAGACGACGAAGACGUGAAAAAGUAUUUGGAAAGUGGCUUAACGCACAUUGACAGUCAAUCAGACCACGACAACAAAUACAAAGUCCACGAUGUUAUCUCGGCCACGUUGCAGGUCGUCGCUGGGUUCAUCUAUCGCAUCCAAGCAAAAAUAAUUCUGUCCGACUGUAAAAAAACCUCUGUGACGAAUAGAAACGAGUGCGAUAGUCUAAAAAACGCGCAACCCAAGACUUGCAAUUUUGUCGUUUUCGAGACGCUUUUUGACGGCCGCCUGACGAACAUAACGUGUGGUAGCGAAUCAUAUGCGUACAACGAAAAACCAGAACCGAGUACUGCUAGAAACAAAAGACAAGCAGUCGGUGAAGAAUAUGAACCGUCUGGGGAUCACGAUCUGGUCGAUGAGUACUUGGAGGACGGUUUGAGCCAAUUGGAUGCUCAGUCGUACCAAGAGAACAAGUACAAAGUUCACGAAGUACUUUCAGUCACUAAACAAGUCGUCGCCGGACACAUUUACAAGAUCAAAGCGAAAGUCGUACUCACGGAUUGCAAGAAAACAUUGACGAGUCAAAGACGCACUUGUGGUGCUUUAAAAGGUGCACAACCGAGAAUCUGCAACUUCAAAAUUUACGAAGCUUUGUGGAUUCCUAACAGUCGUCGCAUCAACUUCACUUGCGAAGAUGACGAAACGGAUGCUCUGUUGGCGUACUCCAGAAAUACCGAACUUCUUGGGAACGACGACACGAGUGUUCAUUUCGCGCUGUUUAAUCAUUUCAUCGCUAAGUACAAUAAGAAAUAUAGUAAGAGGGAGUUCAAGUAUAGGUUUAAAGUCUUCAGCGACAAUCUGUACCACAUAAGGCUGCUAAAUCGGUACGAGCAAGGUACCGCCAUGUACGGCAUAACGCAAUUCACGGAUAUGACGCAGAAGGAGUUUUCCAAGUCGUUGGGUCUACGUAUGGAUUUGCGUAACGAGAACGAGCCGCCACUGGCGCAAGCAAAAAUACCCGAUGUUGAGAUUCCUACCGAGUUCGAUUGGAGGAAGAAGGGGGCCGUGACUGAGGUGAAGAAUCAAGAGCAGUGUGGAAGCUGCUGGGCGUUCAGCGUCACGGGCAACGUGGAGGGACAAUAUGCCAUCAAGCAUGGAAAGUUGUUGGAGUUUUCGGAGCAGGAGUUAGUGGAUUGUGACACGGAUGACCAGGGGUGCAACGGAGGUCUAAUGGAUAACGCUUACAGACAAAUCGAGAAACUGGGUGGUUUGGAGACCGAAAAGGACUACCCUUAUGACGCCCAAGAUGAGACUUGCCACUUCAACAAAAGUCUAGCAAGGGUGCAACUCAGCGGCGCCCUUAAUAUUAGUCACGACGAAGGAGAUAUGGCGAAGUGGCUGGUGGCGAAUGGACCCAUUUCCAUUGCUAUUAACGCUAACGCUAUGCAGUUCUACUUCGGGGGGAUUUCUCACCCCUUCAAAUUUUUGUGUAGUCCGAAGAAUCUAGACCAUGGGGUGCUUAUCGUCGGGUAUGGAGUACACACAUAUCCACUUUUCAACAAAACUCUGCCGUUCUGGAUAGUGAAAAACUCUUGGGGAACAAGUUGGGGCGAACAAGGUUACUAUAGAGUCUAUAGGGGAGAUGGUACUUGUGGAUUGAACCAAACUCCUUCUAGUGCCAUCGUAGUUUAAGUAGAUUAAAUAGUUCAGACAUAUCGCAAAUCAACGAAUGUGAUAUUUUGUAAUCUAGGAAUCUCUGUACUUGCGAACGACGGUUAUGUAAAUAUAUAGUUGAUCCUGCCGUCGUGAGCUGCCAAUGUCUCUCUCCAGUUUUUAAAUUUUUUCAAGCUUUGUUGCUUUAUAGUUUGUUAUAUAUUUUAUUUUAGAUGAUUUUAUUAUUAACCUUUUGUUACCCAGUGGAUGUCUUCUACUGUAUAGAACGAUUUUAUUUUUGACUAACUAAUAAAUACUCGUAGGUGUC